GAAGACAUGAUGAACUACAAGAAGCUUCUAAUCCACUAGCUUCUAAUGUUUGGUAUGGUGCAGAGAUGCAGAUCUUCGUGCAAGGGAGCGUUAGCCUUUCGAUGAUGGGAUAGCUACGCAUUGUGCAUCUCUCAUACGUCAUAUUGAUGGAUCACUUUAACGCUGGAGGAACCUGAAUGGGCUGCAGAAGCAAGCUACAUAUAUUCCUAGGCGAUCCAUAAAGUCUGAGCUAUUCAGAAACGAUUCCAGUCUGAGUUCCUUUCAAAGCAAACGAAGGAUUUCAAUCCCACCUGCCAAUGUCCAAGUCAUCACUUGACCCAUCGGGUCCAGCACAACCAGGCCUAGAGGAUGCAUACGCCGCGCGUGACAAUCCUGCCACAAAAGAACCAGCCGAGAGGGCGCAAGGCGAGGUAAAUCGUGCAUCUACGAGUCGAAUCACAGAUGCGCGCUGUGCAAAUGACGUUUCAACCGCAGCAGGAAACAGCACGUCGACAUCCUUAGGAUACGGUGUACGCGGCGCACCGCCUGGAGAGGAGGCGAAGGGCUAUUCGCAAGAGGAGCUAGGACGUGGCCAAGAGCUCGAUGCAGACCAAAUGGCGGCUCCCGGUGAAGGCGACGUGUACAAUGCUGUCGAGGGAGGGAGAAGAGGCAAGACAGGGACUGGUGGUGUGCAGCCAGGCUUGGAAAGUGACCUAGAUAGAAAGAAAGAGGAGCAACAUGCACAGAGAGAGGCUAUCAAGGAAAGUAGGUGGAACUGCUGAUGGGACAAGCAUGUCUGCGACGUGCCGGGUGACAUGUGUUGCGCUUCGCACCACGUGAAUGCAAACAUGUAUCAAACUAUACAGCUACACAUCUUUACUUUGUGCAAAGGACAGAGUAGUCUUAGGCAGCAGCCAACGACUUCUUCCGCCCCUGAC